CCAUCGUUUCGUUUUCAGUUCGUUGUUCGUCGAGGGGAAAAUUGAAAAAGUGGCUGCUUGCUGCAGGACUAAAGCAGCGAAAUUUUCCGAAAAUUGCCGGCAAAUCCGUGCAAAUUGUGUUGAAAAGUGAACAGCAAAGGCUAGUUCGUGCAUCCCGACGUUCGGAUUCAGUGAAACUUUCAACAGAAAGCCGCGAACCGUGUUGAAAAGGCGCGAGACACCGCAAGAGCCGAAGCAUGCAAAACGUGGAACUCGUAGUCGAGCGAAAGCUUCGGCCGAUUUUUGAAUCGAUCGAACUCGGACACUACAAAAAGGCCCUGCAAGAUGUGGAAAAGGUACUGAAGAAGAACCCAACCAUUCAGUGUGGGCGUGCUUUGAAGGCCUGGGCGUUCCUUCGGCUUGGAAGAGAUGAGGAAAGUGCUGCCCUUAUUAAGGCCCUGGAGCAGGAAACUCCGACGGAAUCGACGACGCUGCAUGUGAUGACCCUUUGCUACAAGGAAACGGAUCAGCUGGACAAAAUUUGCCAGAUCUUCACGAGUGCCUCGAAGCAACUGCCAGGCAAUGAGGAACUGCUGUCUCAGUUGUUCAUUGCCCACAUGAGAGUGAACGACUUCAAAGCUCAGCAAACGGUCGCCAUGCAGCUGUACAAGUUGAAACCGAGAAAUCCGUUCUACUUCUGGGCCGUUACCAGCGUGAUGUUGCAGGCCUUGCGUGGCCCUGAUGCUAAAGACCAGCAAAAGUCCAGUCUGCUGCUGUCGCUGGCCCAGCGAAUGGUCGAUAAGCUGAUUGCGGACAACAAAAUAGAAGCGUCGCAGGAAGUGCAACUAUACUUGCAAAUCCUUCAGCACCAGGAAAAGUAUCAGGAAAUGCUGACCUUCUUGGACGGACCGGUGUGCACCAAUCUCUACCCGGGAGCACCGCACUCGAUCAAAAUAGACCUGCUGAAGAAGCUGAACAAGUGGGCCGACUUGAACAAGCUGAUGAAGCAGUUGCUCACGGAAGAUCCGGAUCGAUGGGAUUACUACCAGGAUUACAUUCUCUCAACGAUUGAGAUGAUAAAGUGCAAAGACGAGACACCGGAAACGGAUCACACGGUUGACAUGUGCCAUGAAUUUAUAGCCGGAAUUAUAGAAUCACAACCGCGGAAGAACAGGGGCCCGUAUUUGGCGCGGCUGGAACUCGCCCGGCUUAUGGUGAAGCACAAAUUUGACAAGGAGCAACAGUUUGGGGAGCUGACGGAGCUCCUGUUGGAUUACUUCCGCAUGUUCGGCGACAAAACAUGCUGUGCCAACGAUCUGAAGCUGUUCCUGGAGUAUGUGGAACCGGCGAAGAGGCCCGGUUUCGCCGCUCAACUUAUGCAGGAGUGUCGAAUCAAUCCGGUCACGCUGCCGAGCAGUAAAGAGCAUAUGCAACGGCACAUUUGUUCGCUGCAGAUAGCGCGUUUCUGCGGUGCUCACGCGGCCUUGAGUGAGGAACAUCUCUCGGCGCUGUAUACUGCCCUCAGCUUGCACUACGAGCAUGGCUACAACACGUUCGGGCAAGGAUUGCUGCCGACGGAUAUGGGUCCUUCGGAUCCAUAUGCUCUAUUAGCAGUGAACAUCAUGUACGACCGAGCCUGGAAGCUGCAACGGUCGGAACCGCUGGUGGAAGCUCUCUGCCUGCUGAACCACCUGCUCUCGAAUAGUAUCAACAACUUUCACGGCAAGCUCCUCAACCUGCAGCUGUACCAUCGGUUAGGUUUGGUCGAGGCGGCCCACCGAGCGUACGAAUCACUUGACAUCAAGCACAUCCAGCUGGACUCGCUCGGCUAUCUGCACUGUAGCCACCUGUGCAACGGAGGCUUCCCGGCACUGGCCAAGCAAAUCUUCGACCAGACGCUGCACUUCUUUAUUAACGACACCAACAGUGUCGAGUUCCUCAAAACGUCCUACAACUUCGGAUCGUUUUCGAAGCUGAUCGAGUUCCUGGACUUCAGGGAUCGACUCUCGAACAGUUUGCACUUUACGCUUAUCUCGGUCGAGGCCUUGCUGCUGGAGAUGGUGUGUUUCAGCGGAACGCUGGCGCAAAACUUGGCCGCCUAUCGGUUGAUGCGAAUCAAACCACAAGAGGACCGAAUCAAGUGGGACGAAAUGAGCGACAAUCGUGAUCUGACGAUAUUCGUUCACUGGGAUCCGGUGGUGGACUACUCCAAGGUACUGCCCCCGGAGGGUUCCGAUUCCUCGGUGAAAAACAACGAUAACUAUGCCGUCGUUUUGGAGUCCAAGACCGUGGAACAGUUGCGCGAGGAGUGUCAAAAGGACAGUUUCUCGCAGGAACAUGAACUGCUCCAGCUACGUUCGGGCUUGCUGAGGCUGGUUUCCUCAUUCAUCGAGCUGUUCACCAAGGGUGGCGACGACGAGUACCAAACAGCGCAGGAUCUGAGUCGCCACUGGGAGGAACUGUUCGUAACGGUGCGAGCCAAGAACCGACAACCGGCUUGCGAACGUUUUCUAGUCAAUUUAUUACCGUCUCGAUUGCACUCGGUGCUGGCCAUGCCAUACGAAGCCGUGUUCCGAGAUUUGGCCAGCUUUCUGCUAGCGCUUUGGAAGGGCGAGAAGCACGAUCAGAUUCGAUCCGGUGCCGAGCGGUGCGUGAAGCACGUCAACGAUCUGUUUGAACUGAUUGCUGGCUCGAUCAAGACCUACAACAGCUCCGGCGAUUUGCUGUGGAACCGAAAGAAGGUUCACGACACGGUGAAUGCUUGCGUCGAGAUUGCAGCGUUGGUUCUGUUUGUGAUGACAGUGUGCUUUGAUAAGUACUCACAGGCGCCUGCCCCGCAGCCAACGCGGAAGACCAAGAAGAAGGAUUCGGAGCAGAACAACCAUGAACCGGCGGUGGUUCUGAUGACGGAAAAGAACCGACUCCAGUUGGUGGUCGAUGUGCUGCGGGCUCUCAAAACGAAUCUGGUGGAUUGUGAAGCGGUGCUUUCGUCCUGGGAGCUGCCGCUGUUGUCCGACUCGCUUGCGGGCGCCCUCGAACAGAUGUCGCUCGGUGCCAAGAGCGAAAGCGCCGUACGGUUGAAACUCAUGGACACCCAUCUGGGAGAGAUUAAGGAACUGAAAAAGUUGUUAAAAGACAAACUAAAGUUGAUCAAUAAAUCGAUUUAAUCCGACGCCAGUGGCCAAUCCUCUUUCGGCGUCCAUCGGAAACCCAGUGAAAAGAGCCAGUAAGUAACACAGUAAUUCGACAAGGUUGCACGCAUUGAAGCCGCCCGGGAAUGUUAUCGGUUUUUAAAUUUGAGAAACGAUUGAUCGAUUAUUGUGUAAGCGCAAAGUAACCGACUGGUAGAAUGUUCUCAUCAUCACAAAUUCAGCUUCUGCAUCCAACCAUUAUCCCAUUCGUACUCAAAAACCGUAAUUAUCGAACUCACACCGAAGAUGGCCUCUUAUGGAAGAGAUCCCGCACUGCUUAGACCUUAAGAUCACAAAGUGCAUUUUCAGCUUUUGUCCCAUAUCCCAUGUCCAAUAGGGUGCGGCUUAUUUUUCGAUUGUACGCAGAACCAAAAGUUCGUUUACUCAUCUGAAUUCAAAUCAUAUGUAAGAAGAAAACUUUAAAAGUUUGAGACAAAAAUAUUAAGAUUUGAAGGUGAAUUUUCAGAUCAUCAGUAAAGUUUUCAAAACUUUGUUAUUUUUUAAACAAUUUUGAACCUUCUACCAUCAUUCUCUUCAAAAUAAAUUCAUGAGAAGUUUCUAAAACAUCUGGCUUGUCAUGAACUAUAACAAGUACUAGUAGUAGCGAUCAAUAUCUUUAAAAGCAUGUAGGAUUCGUAAUCGUUUGAAUACUCAUGAAGUUAUGCUCCAACGAAGUUCUUUAGUUAAAUGAGGAAAAUUUCGGGGAAAAUUUUUUUACUAAUACUAGUUACAGGUUUUGACAUAUUUGAUGUUUUACAACCUUUUCAUAAAUUUAAUUUUAAAGAUAAUGGCGUUCAAAAUUCCAAACAGAUUGAAAACAACAAUGUUAUUUACAUUUCACUGAAGGUCAUAUUUUAUAACAUAAAAGUUAACCUUUAAGUCGCUUACGCCAUCUUUAAAUACACCCAGGUAAUCAAGAAGGCGAAUAAAUGUUGAUUUACGACUGAUAUAAUGCCAAUAAGCCGUUAAAUAGCUCUAUAUAAGCCGUAUAUAUGGAAUUGGGCCCGAUAUACGGGUUAUGGUUACCUGGGCAUACUAACAUAUUUAACUUAAACUUUGAGGUUUCUCUUUUUAUGUGAUUUGAUUUCAGACGAGCAGAGCAACUUUUGGUUUUGAGAACUUACGAAAAACAUGCCGCCCCCUAAUGUCCAAACUAUUUAUUCGAGUCUCUGUACGUUCUUUACCAAAAUCGCGCAAAAUGGAUUGUUGUGUGGUAACUAACGGAUAGCUUUUUUAUCAGUAAACAAAUAGCUAGGUUUUGCAAAGUGAGCCUAUUACACCAGUAAAGCGAGCAUGUAGCAGCAAUCAAAAAACUUGUUGAAAGAACAUGAGAACCAAAUUUGCAAUACGUCAUACAGCCGAUAAUUCGAUUUUUUGUUGUUAUAAUAUCCUUGUCCUCUGGUUUUCAGACCAAUGUGCUGUUGCAGUUUAGGAUUUAACAAUGAGAAGGAAAAGUGACGAUUAAACUACUUGCAGCAGUAUUGAUCUGCACUAUUACUAUUAUGAACAGUUAGUUUUAAAAUAAGUUGAACUAUUUCUAAGGUAAGGUAAACUCUUAGACGAAUAAAUUCGAUCUGCGGAAUAAACUCAAAGCGAUUGAAAAGGAA